CAUACCCCCUUCCACCUUGAUCUGCUUACAAAGAUAUAGCAAUGGUGGAUUGGGGACAUAAAUCAACAACAGAAUACCUCUUACCAACAACCCUAGGAGAGUCGAAAGCCUCUCCUCGGCCAUCAGUACUUGCACAUAUCACAACAAGUACAGAUUAUUCUUCAAUGUCGUCAAGCCCACAUUCCACAAGAGCUGAGACCAGCAAGGCCUCAAUGUUUUCAAUCUUCUUCUCCAAGAGAAACUUUAAGGUUUGUACUUACGCAUUCAUAGUCUCCUUCAUUGCAUGUACCAUCCUCUUGGUUUUCAACCCUUCUCUCCCUUCGGUUCCUUUUGGCUUCAAAAAUCUUCUUCAUACGUCUCCUCAGACCCAAGACUCUCAUUGGAAAAGCAAUUCUUUACCACGGUUUGAUGAGAAUGGAAGUUUGAAAGGAAAUGUGGGAGUUGAUCAGAAGGGAUUUGAGAUUGGUCUUGAUCAAUCUUCUGGGAAAAAUGGAGGUACCAAAGAAAACGCAGAGACUGAAAGGGAUAGCCAUACUGGUACUCCUCAACCAUCAAAUGCUACCAAGGAAAAUUUAGAGACUGAAAGGGAUCAUCAUAUUGGUAUCCCUCAACCAUCAAACACUACCAAGGAAAAUGUAGAGAUUGCUAGGGAUGAUCAUAUUGGUACUUCUCAAUUAUCAAACGCUACCACCUUUUCCACAUUCAAAGACUCCAGUCACACAGGAACUGAAGUUUCUGAUAAAGUUGAGGGUUCUGAGAAAAGAAAUGAGACGAAGAAUGCUUUGAGCUUUGAUUCUUCUUCUAAUGGAGAAAAUGAUAUGAACAAGAAAGGGAAACAAACUGGGAUGAAGCUGAAUAAUGAAUGUGACCUAUAUGAUGGAAGGUGGAUGAGGGAUGAUUCUUACCCACUUUAUGCUGCAGGAUCUUGUCCCUAUAUAGAUGAGCCUUUCAAUUGUUUCCUUAAUGGUAGGCCUGAUAAUGGUUACGAGAAGUAUAGAUGGCAACCAAAACAUUGCAAUAUUCCAAGGUUGAAUGGUAAGAAGAUGUUGAGAUUAUUGACAGGAAAGCGUCUAGUUUUUGUUGGCGAUUCUCUCAAUAGGAAUAUGUGGGAGUCUUUGCUUUGUGUUCUUAGAAAUUCAGUGGAAGAAAAGAACAAAGUUUAUGAAGUUUCGGGCAGGGAAGAGUUCCGUACAGAGGCCUCUUACUCUUUCAUAUUUCAGGAUUAUAAUUGUUCAGUAGAAUUUUUUCAAUCACAAUUUCUAGUUCAAGAAUGGGAGGGGAAACACAAAAAUGGAUCCAAAAAGGAAACACUUCGCAUUGAUUUAAUGGAGAGUGCUGCGGAUAACUACAAAGAUGCAGAUGUUCUGAUCUUCAACACAGCUCAUUGGUGGACUCAUGAAAAAACUUCCAAUGGGUUAGGUUACUAUCAAGAGGGUGAUCAUGUCUAUGAUGAGUUGAAUGGCGAAGAGGCAUAUCGGAGGGCUCUAUCAACUUGGGGAACAUGGGUGGAUACCAAUAUAGAUCCUAAGAAAACUGCAGUUUUCUUUCGCGGCUAUUCACCUUCUCACUUUAGGGGUGGAGCAUGGAACUCUGGAGGGCAAUGCCACGGCGAGACAAAGCCAACUACAGAAACUGAAUACGGAGGAGAAUAUCCAUCAAACAUGAAGAUCUUGGACUCGGUGAUGGAGAAGAUGAAGAUUCCAAUCCACUAUCUCAACAUCACAGCAAUGACUGAUUUCAGGAAGGAUGCUCAUCCAUCGGUUUACAGAAUGCCCAACUUAACAGCAGAGGAAAGAAAAGCGAAUUCAAUCCAAGAUUGCAGCCACUGGUGCUUACCUGGUGUGCCUGAAACAUGGAAUGAGCUUAUAUAUGCUCAACUCCUUAGACGCAAUAAGCAACAGAGGAAGAAGAAGCAACAUAAACAGAAACGUCAACAAUAGAAUCAGAGUACUCCCUUAUAGAAAAAAAAAAAAAAACUCUGCGCAUGUAUAUAUGUUGGAACUUUUGCUUAUCAAAAUGGAGAAGAUCCAACAGAACUCUUGUUUUGAUAGACAGAUAGAAUAUAUUGUACUGAUGUACGUUCAAGGGUAGUUUAGAUGUUUGUUCGUAUAUCAGGAGUAUACUGAUGAAGCACGAUACAAAUACAGUUUCUAAUAUUCUUCUAUUGAUUCAUUUAGGUGAAGUUCUAACCAUUCUAAUGUUUCUUCUCUUAUACAUAGUUACUUAGAUAUAGCUGAAAUACACUGGUCUUAAUUUUAUUUGUUUGAGAAAAUUAGUGAUAAACUCAUUCUUCAAGUCUAUUUUUCAGAUAAACCCACACCCUUUUAUUUAUUUUCCAUAAUUAUAG